GGCUCAACAGAAAGUAAUGUAUUUUUAAUGUGGCCUCCAUUUUAAAGUAUAAAAUGCGGUGGCUUAAGUCCCACCCGGUCAUAACAUCUACUUUUACUAGACACUUAACUUUUUAUCACAAUGGAGCAUUUAAAAGAUUUCGCGUCAGAGUUUUCUAAGCCUUUCGCAAUUUGCUUUGAUUUUUUGGCAAAGUCUAAUAUUUCGAUUUACAAUGAAACUAAAAUUCGGGGGAAAUUGCGAAUUCUAGCGUUGGUUGUUUUCUACGUUACUUUUUAUUUAUCAUUGGUAGUAAGUUUCAAGAAAGUUUUCACUGGAGAAUUGGGGUUUUACGAGUUAGCAAACCUGUUACCUAUUUUUAUAGUAGCCACGCAAGGUGCAAUGAAGGGAACAGUGAUUGUUUCGAAGUUGUCAAAGGCCAGAAUAGUAAUCGAUGAGCUUGGGUCCAUGUGGAGGACCACUGGCCUGACGAAAACCCAACUUAUGAAGAAAGGGGUUAUGCUAAAGAGGAUGAAUCUUUGUAAUGCAGUGUUCUACUGGAUGAACAUCGUGGGCACAUGGCAGUACAUUCUGGUGCCAUUAUUUGAGACUCUAUUCCGUAAUUUUGUGCUGGGACAGGACAAACUGUUGUUCCCUUUUAUAUGCAGCCUACCGUAUGACGCAAAAAGGAAUUGGAUGGUCUAUUUAGGGACGUACUUUUGGGAAUCGUACAGUAUGCUUCAUUUAAUAUACAUGUAUCUCGGCGUCGAGUUUUUAAUGAUCACUUUAUGCUCACACCUCGCCACUGAGUUUGAGUUGCUUCGCGAAGAAAUGCUCCACGCAAAGCCAAUCUUAGAGCACACUGAGAAUACAAGCUAUAAAGACCAUAUUGGCGCAACGCUAUCUUGUUCUAACAAUGAAGAUGUUGAUGCUAUUGAUUAUUUUGAAGAGGAUAGCAUUGCAGACGAAAUUCGCGCGGAUGAAGACGGACCGAGGAUCCAAGAAGUUAUAAGAAGACAUCAGAAAUUAAUAAUGUUGUCCGAGCUGCUAGACGACAUAUUUAAUCGCAUGAUCUUUUUCAACCUGCUCUUCGCUACCAUCACUAUUUGUUUCUUCGGUUUCGUUGCUAAGAUUGCACGGGAUCCUCCAGAAAUGGCAAAUAACUUUGUUGGCGUUGUUGCCUCCAUGAUACCUAUAUUCAACCUAUGCUAUUAUGCAGAUUUACUGUCUCGAGCAAGUGCCGGGGUCGCUGACUCUGCUUAUCAUAACUUAUGGUACGAAGGCGAUGUGCGAUAUCAGAAGAUCAUUAUCUUUAUCAUUCUGAGGUCUCAACAGCCAUGCUGUUUGACAUCUAUGAGAUAUGCGCAAGUUACUUUGAAUACUUUUACCACGGUGCUGAGUACUACGUGGUCAUAUUUCUCGCUAGCAAUCAGUGUAUAUGAAACCUAAAUAGAUAUAUAAUACA